CUUCUGCCCCCACGAUCUUUUUGUCAAUACGAAGACUGAUUUGGGCCCAUGUGACGCUAUUCACGAUGAAAAACUCCGAGACGACUACCAACGAAGCAAAAGGCAUCAGCGCAUGGGAUAUGAACAGGAUUUUGUUCGCUUUCUCAGACACCUCCUUGAUGACGUUGAUAAGCGUAUACGUCGGGGUCAUGAGCGUUUGGCUGCAAGCAGGUCUGUCGGAAAUUUGGAACCCGUUGAUGCAAUUGAAACAAGAGAAAAAAUAGAGAUGCUUACAAAUCGUAUUAAUGACUUGCUUCAACAGGCGGAGGAACUUGGCACUGAAGGCAAGGUUGACCAGGCCCAAGGCGUCUUAAAACUGUGCGAGCAAUUGAAGUAUGAGCGGUCUCAGCUCGAUGGGGGAGGGAGGCCAGGAUUUGGUCAGACCAAGGAGUUGGAGGUGUGUGAGAUUUGCGGAGCAUUUCGGAUCAAGGAUGACGCCCCCCAGCGUGUGGAGGAACAUUUGUCCGGCAAAAUGCAUCUAGGUUAUGCUAAAAUACGUGAUUAUCUCCGAGAGUAUGAACAGCAGAGGGAGCAUUCGAGGUAUGAUCGGGAACGACGAUUCGCUCGAGAAAACAGAGACCGAAGAUCCCCAUUAUCAUCACGCGAAUUCCGGGGGCGCGAGGAGGCCUUAAAUCGCCAUAGAUCGCGCCACCACGAACCAAAGGAUGAUCGGAUCAAAAGGCGCAGUCGAUCCCGAUCUCCCUAUCGUCAGCGUCGCGGCCGCGGACAUUCUCAUCGAAGCAAAUACGAGACUUCUCCUUUUAGCGCCCCACGUCGCCUUACCGAAGGUGCCGAUGAUUUAUAG